AUGGCCGGCCUGCGAUGGAGAGAGUGGUGGAACACGAUGGCCUUCCCCACGCGCCGUAUCUGGAACCGUUUCACCGUUCGCGUCGGUUUCCGCCACACCGGACUCUUGAGGUUACAAAACGACGUGAGUUCGUCGGAAUACGAAGARAUACACAUAAUGUGGAAUCUGUUACACAAGAACAACGAAGAUCUCACACGCGGUACUGCACAGAGGAAGAAGCCUUGCUGGAAUCUCUUCGGGUCAUAUCUUUGCCAAAGAUUCUGA